AUGGAGUCUAUCAACGGUAAAGGGCUUGCGCCUGAAGGACUGAUCUCAAAAUUUGAGGUUACCAGACUUCUCAAACAGGACCAAAAUGGCCGCCGAAUCGCAAUCCUCGGGUCUAUAGAUGGUCAACAAGGUAUCCUCACCGCCGAACGAACCGCAUUCGCAACCGAGUCCCUGGGCGUUCUAAAAGCUUUCCACUCGUCAAUCACUCGCGUUAACAACCUCGGUGAUAAUGAUAUUUACCGAUGGUACUUGGCUUCCUCUGGAAUAGAUGCUGAUGGACAUCCAUCUCACGACCUCAAGCUUAACCUCAUCUGGCCGUGCACGGAACAGCACGUCAAGAAAUACUCCGAUCAGGUGCUGCGCAUGGUGACUGAGACGCCAAAGAUCUACAGUGACCACAUACGGCCUUACAUGCAAGCAAAGAGAGAGGAAGGACGGUUGAAUUGGGUGUUUAACAUCCUUGAGGGACGCACGGAGCAAGAGGAUGUCAUCUUACGGGACGAUGGGCACGGGCCGGAGGAUGCGUUCUUGAUGCUCCCCGAUCUGAACUGGGAUAGAAAGACGUUAGGCUCCUUGCAUUUGCUAGCAUUGGUACAGAGACGCGAUAUUUGGAGUUUGAGGGAUUUGAAGAAGAAGCACGUGCCUUGGUUGAAAUAUCUAAGACAGCGGGUACUUGAGGGAACGGUCAAAAUGUAUCCAGGGCUGGAGGAGGACCAGUUGAAGCUCUAUGUGCAUUAUCAACCGACAUACUAUCAUUUCCAUAUUCAUAUCGUCAAUGUCAUGCUCGAAGCGGGUGCCACGCAGGCCACUGGGAAGGCAUUCGGUUUGGAAAAUCUAAUCUCUCAGUUGGAGACCAAUUCUGGGAAUGAAGACGCGAGCAUGGCAGAUGUCAGUCUGACCUACUUUUUGGGAGAAGCGAGCGAGCUAUGGAGCGAUAUCUAUGCUCCCCUCAAGCAGGGAAAGAAGCCGAAGGGCGAUAAUUAG